AUGAAAUGCGUUUGUGACAAGUGCUGGAGUGGAGAAUACUGUGAUAUAUCAGUUUUAGAAGACAUUCGUUUCAGUAAGAAGGUUUUCGAAUUCCAUGUUCUACGAAAUGUGACCGAAACUCCAAAUGAAAUUCUUGGGCAUCUUACACUCGAUGGAAUGCCUAUUGAUGAAGUGAAUGAAUGUGGUGGUCAGAUUUAUUUCGUUCUUGAAGCAAAGACAGACUGCAGAUUUUUGCCUUUCUAUGUGGAAAAUAGAACAGGUUUUAUUCGUUCCAAAGGAUUAAAAAAUUACUGGAUAAAUCAUUCAUCUUUGGAAUUAUCAGUUAACGUAAAACUGUUUAUUACUCCUGAUAAGGAAAUGGAUGCAUCACAAGUUGUCGUGUAUUGGAAUUCUCCUCCUUCAGUGGUGUCCAAAAGAAGUACCAAUCCUGUCGGAAAUGACCUACGAAUAACAACCAGUUAUUCAAAAACCACUGCCUGGUGUAUCGGUGAAUUCAUUAUACUGACUGUUCAGCUUGGUUUACCUUCUGGUACUACUUCGAUAGCUGUGAAAAUGUCUGCUCCUACCUACAAUUCUGCAUUCUACGGUUUUACAGAAUUCAUUGGCAUCUCUGACAUUGGCGCACGAAUUCUUAACAGAAAUUUCACCGUCAAUGUGAUGAAUGUUACAGGAAAUAGUACUUCUGAUCGUAAAACUGUCACUACAACUGUUAGCCUAUCAGACCUCAUUGUGGAUGAUAUACCAAAUUAUACAGAGGAUUAUACACUGGCAAUACAAUUCAUUGUUGGUUUAUGGCCUCAGAGUUCAACAAUACAAGGAAAAUCGGUUAAUACGCAAUGUGAUGUUUAUAGGGAUAAUUUAACACAGACUAAUGUUACCACUAAUACAGUCGGUAGUGUAUGUCCUGUUUCUUCACCAGAUCUAACAAUUUUAUCAAAUAUUGCUUAUAUUGUUCCUGGAGAUAUAGUACUUUUUGAAGCUGAAGUACUUCUGGUAUCUGAGAUGGGAAAUUAUAUGUUUUCCGUAUACACAAUCGGUCAAUCAGCUACCAUUAGCAACUUUAACAUUACUCUAAAAAACGGAAUGAGCUACACACAAGGACCUGGAACAAGGCAGUAUAAAGAUGGAGUAUUGAAGAAAUGUGUUCUGGCGAAGCAGAUCGAUAUCGAUGUCAUUGGACUGAAAAGUAUAUAUGCAAUGGCAUUAUCUUUACCAAAAUCAGAUCGUUCGGUCAGACUUGUAGCCUACAUCCAAACCACAUCGUUUGCUUCAACAAGAGCUAUACUUGGAUUUAGGAUGCGUCAUUCUGUAACAAAUGUUCUUUUCCAAGAGGUUCAAGUGCCUAUUAUUGCUGAUUAUAGAAAUUUCAAAACUGUAUUGCAGCCGUCGAUGGAUUUAUCUAUGGACCCGAACCCAGUUGAAGUUGAAAAGUUUGCUGAAGUCCAGGUGACUGUAAACAUUCCACCUUCAUCUAAGCAGUUGUAUGCGUUUGAAGUAAGUUUAACACGAGCCAUUUUGGGUGAAAUAUGUUAUGCAAGCGUUACUGAAGUUGGAUCAGGAAUCACAACACGAAUACCAGGAAUGAGAUUACACGUGGAGUAUGAAAUGCAAAAGCUGACAUUACUUCGAACACUUGCAACGGCGCAUAUUGGAGUAUUAGAAAAUCCAACAAAUAGUAGCCAAGAUUAUUAUAUUGUGUUCAAAAUUGUAGUGAAGGCACGUUCAGAUCCAGCUUAUCCAACUGUCACUGAUACUCAAAUUGAUACAAGAUUUCUUAUCAUGGGAUCAUCUCGGAGACAAGAUUCUAUUAUAUUUUCUAUUAUCAAUACAGCGAUUCCACCAAUUACGGCAGUUAAUUCCCCUCAAAUAAAUAUUUACAGAUCAGAGCCACUACAAACAGAACCAAUGGAUACAUAUCAAGCAAUAGUGAAUGCUGAGAUCAGUUGGUCUGAACAGGUUAUAUAUAGUCCAAUAAAGUUUACACUUUCAAUUAUGGGCUCCAGUUCAACUGUAUUGGAACAAAAAUUUAUUUCCAUCGGAAGGUCACUACUUACUUUAGUUCCUAUCAACGCAAACAUGUCAGUUGUAAACAAUAUUGCAGUCAUCGAAUUCCCCUCAAUUUAUGUUGAUUCUACAUUGAAUAACUAUGAUGCCAAACUAACUCUUUGGUAUGCAAUCAAGAUCAUUGGAACAGCAAAAUUUUCAGCAAAACUGGAUGUAUCUAUUGGAGCUUAUUUAGUCAGUGGUCAGGUUGCUUUUUCACCGAUUGCAUUUUCAGCCCCUCCACAACUGACAAGUAGUCAAGUUCCGUAUUGGACACUUGAAAGUUUGGCAACUUCACGCAGUGAAACCAGUGUUAUCCGCGGGGGAUUCAACUUACUCUCUGUCAAUCUAGUUAUAGAUUCCAGAGCAAGGCAGUCAUACAGAAUUCAGAUUUACCUUUUUCAACUUUUGGAUAUUUUAGCAAUGAUGCAACCAAAAAUCCUUGACACUGGUAGUGCUGUUUGUGCAUCUGGAUUUCAAGUAACUUUUACUGCUACUAAUUUAGAAAUAAACAUGGGUUCUCUGUAUUUUGAAAAUAAUGAAAACCCAACUAAAUCGAAAGCUGAAAAGUCAGCAAUCAACAUUCUCAUACCAAUGAAUGUGAAUACGAUGGCUACUUCAUAUGUUUCAGUACGUUUCACUCUCUUUUAUGGAAGUCAAAGUAGUCUAACUUAUGUGAAUGUAAAUGUUCUUCCAUCUGAGGCACGCGUACCAAGCUCAACAAUCGCCUAUCAGAUAGAUGCUCCCAGCUACUAUGACAAACCAAAUGAACGAACCUACCCAGUAAUACCAGGACAGUUGGUUCGAUAUCACUACAGAAUUAGUCUGCCGAAUACAAUGUGUGCUACAUUCUCAAUGACAUUUACAAUACUGUCUAAUAUUUGGCCUGUUGAUAUGAUUGGUGCUACUCUUGUGGGUUACAGUGAAUUUAUAUGGUUCAGUGGUGCUGUUAAUCCUGUAAUAAGCAUAAGCGGUGGUGCGAUAAAAAACACGGCAACCGUUGCUAUGGGAACGAUAUGUGUUCCUGAAACUUUUGAUAAUCAGAUCCUUCUCGAUCUUUUUCUUCGUCCACGAAACACUUUUGACAACAGCCUAACACCUGGUAAUCAAACAGUAUCUAUCAAUGGUCAGCUGACAGCAAGCACGAUAAGUGGAGCUUUAUCUUUACCGUUAACCUCCUUUGUUAUUGAUCCGGACUACAUUAUAAGUGAAAGAAUUAUCAAGCUUCCUCCAAUCGAUAACAAUAAAUACUUACUCAUGAUUAAAAAUAUUACCACUGGGAGCUUAUUUCAACCAGGUGUCUGGCAAAGAAUCACAUUCAAUCUUCAAGUCCCUAUUGCUUCAUAUAUGCCCAAUUUAUCUAUUAUCAUCGGUGGUGCUAAUGACAGUGUUGAAAUGGAAUCAGCAUUUACUGUAAACGGUGUGUCUUUGACAUUUGGAUCUAAUUUGGCAGCAUUGCGUAAUGUACAACCUAAAUAUGUAUACACAUCAACAUAUAAAUAUGGACAGCAAGAUAAAUUAGAAGUGAUAUUGGGAAAUGUUAUCAACCCAGGCUUCAAUUUACAACCUGAUUCAUCUACAUUAGCAGAAAAUGACAUCGGUGUUAGUGUGUCAAUACGCUUGGCUGAUAGUAAAUUUGCCUCAAAUGGAUCAGUGAUCAACCUUCCUAUUUCUGCUCAGUUUGGCAGCAUUAAAGCUGUUUCACAAAUGGGAGGUAUAGUUUUUAGAGAUGGUAAGGAGACGCUUAAUUUAGUGAUGGACUUCGUAAAUUCCGAUUUGAGUAUGACUGGUAUGACGUAUCUUCCAAACGAUAUCAUAAAUCUCACAGUUGGGAUCCGUAUGCUAAACACUUCAAAAAUGGAAUGUUCAAAACAACUUUUAAAUAUUUAUCAUAGUAUGGCUGUGAAGUCAGCCGAGAUUUCUUAUUCGCUUCCGACAGAUUCUCUUCAGUUUAAACCAAAUGCAACUGUAAUAGGCAGAGGAUUUACACGUUUCGAAACAACUGGUUUCCGUUUCGACAAUAACAUAACUCUUGGAUUAAAAUUGACUUUAAACGAUGUAGUAACAUUUCCUGGUAGUAAAACAGAGGCAAAUCUAACUAUCAUUGGUGAACUAGUUUGCCUAAUCUACAAUCGUAAUCCAACCACAAUGAAUGCUUGUAAAACUUCACCAGUGAAGAGAAUUAUGAAAAGUGUUGUCGUAAAGGUUAGAAGGUCAACAACAACAACGGGUGAAACAGGCGCAGUUUGUGAAGAAAAUCUAGGCCUAUCUAACACUCAAGUGAUUCAACCAUGCCAGAUCACCACAUUUGCAGCACCUUAUGCUGGUUUCCUAAAAGAAGAAAUACGGCCAACUUCGAUUGUCGGAUUCAAACCACUUCUACGUCCAGGACCUUCCCAAAUAUUACGUUAUGUCAAUAUUUUAUUCGGAAGACAAACAAAUAUUAGUCGAAUAGACGUUAGCAUGAAAGUAGUGACUAACAGAAUUAAACAAGUGAUUCUAAUGGGGACCAACGAUGGUAAAGCGUUCUUCAAUGUUAAAACAGUGACAGUCUCCUAUAAAAAUGCAACUUAUGGACAAAUACUCCUUAGGCCUUAUUUUGUUUCAAGGGGAAUACGUUUAAUUGUUAGUGAAACAGAUCAUGAAUACAUAGAUGUCUCAUUCACACUUGAACUUUACGGGUGCAGAUCGGUUCUAGAACCACAAAUAUUUGACCCAUGUAAUCUUAAAAGUGUUUACGUCGAACCGUCGAAUACAGGUUUACGCAGAUUCCUCUAUGUCUCUGGUUACCUGUUCUACUGUGAUAGAUUCACUACGGAGACACGGUGCUAUGUAACACACGAGACUUCUAAUACGAAGUGGACAGAUAUGGGACCACAUGUUACAAGGAUUCUAAGCUAUGUAACUCCACAGAAUAUUUUAAUUGCUCAAGGUUCAGGUCAUAACAGUAUGUUAAUAAGUAGUGACUUUGGGAAGAAAUGGAAUUCAACGAAUUUUCGUACACAAGGAAAACUAAUCAAGGAUUCAAUAUCUCAAAUUAAUGCAACUUUAAUAUCUUUGACUAUGACCGCUGGAAAAUUUGAUCAGAAUAUUACCGGCACCUCGUGUCAACUGUAUCAACAAGGUUCAUUUAAAUGUAAGUUCACUAUUCACCUCUACAAAAUUUAA